GGGAGAGGUGACCGAACGUGCUUGUGUCAUCACGUAGCGUCCGUCCUUGCUGCUGGGAGAGGGAGACGUGGCCGAGGUGUGAUCUAAUUUAGAAAGUCAUCUGGGAGGAUGAUCACAGAUGUGCAGUUGGCAAUCUUUGCCAACAUGUUGGGGGUAUCCCUUUUCCUCCUUGUUGUCUUAUAUCAUUAUGUUGCUGUAAAUAACCCCAAAAAGCUUGAAUAGCCACAACACUGCAAUAGUGCAAAGGUUUGGACCAAUAAGAAAUGGAUUAAUUUGAAGGAUGGAAGCUAACUUGGAUGAAAUAAUGCAGGUUGAACUUUACCAGCACCACAGUGAACUACAACUGCAUUAAAUAUGAUUUGUAUUGAAGAAAA